AUGGAAAUUUUCAAAACCAUAAAAAAUAUAUUACCAAUUUUUUUGCUGGUUGUAUUAGUAUUUGCGCCGUUUUUGGUGCUUAGUAAAGAAGAGCCAACAAUAUAUGCACAACCAGAGAAUGUAGAGAUCACUGGUGAAUUCACGGACAAUCCGUUUAGUCGUAGGUAUUCAGUCGUAAAUGGACAAAAGAACACUGUAAAACUAAUUUUUGACAAUAAAGGAACAUUAAAUUAUACUAUCAAUGCAGUUGCUGGUGCUUUGGUUAACAAAGACAAUCCAAAUGAGAUCUAUCGCAAUUUAACUGCCGCCAAGUAUUCCCUCAAAGCACCUUCAAUGGAUCAUGUUGAACUUCCAUAUUAUUUUUAUGCUGAAUUUCCACCACAGGAAUUGGAUAUCAUUUUGUUUGUCUUCUUUUCUGACGAUGAAAAACGUCAAUUUAGAGGUGUUGGAUAUAAUGGAACGGUCACUAUUGUCGAUCCAGAACAUUCAUUAUUCGACCUCCAGCUGUAA